UCAAGGAUUUUGGAUGAAGGUGUGCGUCUUGUAGAACGCAUGGGAACGCACCGGAUCAAUUACGCAGCGUCACGGAGAAGAGGGGCUCCCUUGGGUGCUGCUGCUGCUGCUGCUUGUGCUGUCCCGUCCUGCCCUGAAUAAGCUGCAGGGGCACCGAGCCUAUAGUGCGGGACGAAGUCAAAGUUCAGACGGAUAAAAGGGUUCGCAGAACGAGGGGAUCUUUCGCCAAGAUGCAGGGUCUGAGCUCCCGGGCUCACGCGUUCUCGGUGGAGGCGCUGGUGGGGAAGCCCUGCAAGAGGAGGAAACUGUCGGAGGGACACGAUUCAAGUUCGGCUGCAGACACCGGCGACGACACCAGCAUCUUCACCGGCCUGAAUGAGAGUCCGGUCAGUCAGACGAAGAAAGCAGGUUCAACGCUUAAGCGACGUCCAGAGGAGACCUCCUGUGAGCCGCAGAGACAGACUGCCGGGCCCGGACCCGAGGAGGCUGGCCCAGAUAGAGCGGAGAACAAGCCGAAGGAGAGCAACUGCCGGGCGGAUAGAGAGGUCCGGGUCGAGCUGCAGGGCUCAGAGCUGUGGAAGAGAUUCUACGAGAUCGGCACCGAGAUGAUCAUCACUAAAGCUGGAAGGAGGAUGUUUCCCUCAGUGCGCGUAAAAGUGCGCAAUCUGGACCCGUGCCAGCAGUAUUACAUCGCGAUGGACGUCAUGCCCGUAGACUCCAAACGCUACAGGUAUGUGUACCACAGCUCGCAGUGGAUGGUUGCUGGAAACACGGACCACUCCUGCAUCUCUCCACGGCUCUACGUGCACCCGGACUCGCCGUGCGCAGGAGAGACGUGGAUGCGUCAGGUCAUCAGUUUCGACCGCGUCAAACUCACCAACAAUGAGAUGGACGAUAAGGGACAUAUUAUUCUCCAGUCGAUGCAUAAGUACAAGCCACGGGUGCACAUCAUCCGGCACGACCCUCGGAUGGACCUGUCUCAGAUCCAGUCGCUGCCUGCUGAAGGGGUGCACAGCUUCUCAUUCCCGGAGACUGAGUUCACCACGGUCACAGCCUAUCAGAACCAACAGAUCACAAAACUGAAGAUUGACAGGAACCCGUUCGCCAAGGGCUUCAGAGAUCCAGGAAGGAACAGAGGGGUGUUGGAUGGUUUAUUGGAGUCAUACCCCUGGAGAAGCCCUCUCAGCUUGGACUUCAAACCCUUCACCAUACAGCUCCAAGGAAGCUCAGGGUCGCUGACCAGCGGCGUGAAGAGCCUGUUCCCUCUCCCCUCGUCUCCGACCCUUCACCCGUUCUCCGUCUCUGCGCUCACUUGCCAGGAUUCUGCUCUCCACACCCUUGCUCUCCCCCUCUAUGGCAAGACCUCCAUCACCUUGCCCGGCGGCACCUCCCCACUGCCCAGCAGAGCCUUCUCCUCCCUGGGCGCAGACAGACUGAGGGGCCUGCCCCCGCUGUCUCCGCUCGCAGACCUCCCGCUCCUCUCGGCCCUGCAGGGAAAGAAACCUCCCCACUGCAGGGACCCCUGUCUUCACGGAUCUGCGGGGAGCCCCCCCUGUCUCAUUCCCCUCCACAGCCCUCUCAGCCCUCAGGGGCCUUCUCUCCUGCCGCAUCUCUCUGACACUGCAGGCCCUUACUGUCUUUACCGCUACAGCUUCCCCCUGAGCCCCCAACUCACAGCUAUAUCCCGGCACGCCAAACUCGCCGAGGACACCACAGACUGUCUGCUGCGCCAGUCUCCAUGGCACCCGACCACCAACCACUGCCUCUGACAGCUGGACCGCACUUGCAGACUCUGGCCCAUUGAGAAUGAGAAGCCAAAGCUUAUUGCAACAAGACGGAGAGGCCUCAGUCUCUUUGUGCAAGACUCUAAGGACCAACAAAUAGAGAACUCUGGGGGAGUUUUUGCAUUUAAAAACUAUUUUGUACAGAGUGUUGGAUUCACCAGCACAAAAACCAAUCCUGAAGCAGACUGUGAGCAGCUCCUCUCCGAAACACCAACAGUGGACUAAAUGUAGGCAGGAUGUAGAUUUUUAUUUGCGACAGAAAACACAGUGUUUUUAUGGUGCAGAAGAACCUCUGCUGCCUUAACUUCUUCACAUGCCGUAAAGAGCAUCAACAAUAGGACCUUACCUGAGGUAUGUAAUAU